AUGAGGAACUGUAUGCUCCAUUGUAAGCUAACUGAAGUAAAAACAGUAGGGAGACUCUAUACUUGGAACAACAAGCAAGAUGGAGAGGAUAGAGUUUUCUCUAGAAUUGAUAGGGUGUUGGCUAACUCAGAGUGGAAUGAUUUGUUUGAUACUGCUGAGGCAAACUUCAUGCCAGAAGGUCAUUAUGAUCACAGUCCCAUGCUUCUCAAUUGCUAUCAAAGAGCACCUCAAAAAAGACCCUUUCGUUUUUUCAAUAUGUGGACCACUUCCCCUAGGUUCAACACCAUUGUUGAGGAGAACUGGAAAAAGUAUGUGUAUGGGUGUCCCAUGUAUAGGGUGAUGCAGAAACUGAAGUGGAUAAAAAUGGACCUAAAAGUUUUGAAUCAAGAGGGUUACAACAAUGUUGAAGCUGAACAGAUCAAAAGACACAAAGCUUUGCUUGAAGUGCAGAAUCUUCUUCAUUCUACUCCUGGUGAUCAGGGGCUAGCUUCAAGGGAGAAAGUAGCAUCAGAUGAGUAUAGAAGAGCUAGAGAGAACUACCUUUCUUUCCUGCAGCAAACAGCAAAAGUGCAAUGGCUUCAGAAUGGUGAUGAUAACACAAAAGCUUUCCACCAAAGUAUUAGACAAAGGAGAAAACAAAACAGAAUUUAUGCCAUUCAUAAUGGGGAAGGAAAAUGGGUUCAAACUGAUACAGAAGUUCAAAUGGCUUUUGUGCAGUUUUACAAAAAUCUUUUCUGUACCACUAUGGAGAAUAAAGCACCAUUACUUGAUGCAGUCAUGGAUAUGGGACCUAGACUGAAUGACACUCACAGAGGAAGAUUAGCUUGUUCUGUUACAGUGGAGGACAUUAAGAGGGUGUUAGAUACAAUCCCUAGUUCUAAAGCUCCUGGGAUGGAUGGCUUUAACAGUCAUUUCUUCAGAACUACUUGGGAUACCAUCAAAGGGGAUAUCCACAGUGCAAUCAAAGAUUUUUUUGAAACAGGAAAAAUUCUAAAAGAAGUGAACAUCACUUCUAUCACUCUGGUGCCUAAGGUGAAAGUGACCUCUUCAGUGGGGGAUUUUAGACCCAUAGCCUGCUGUUCUGUCAUUUACAAGUGUAUCUCUAAGCUUAUGUGUGAGAAACUUAAUUAA